CCAUCAUGGCCGAUGAGAUUAUUCAAAAUGUAAGCUGAUAUUUAACACUAAAAUGCAAUUGUAAUGUUUACAGCACAAAUGAGUAAUGGAUGACACGGGCUGAAACUUGUUAAUAAGAGUAAUAUUGUAGCUAAAAUGGAAGAACCAUUGAUUGAAAAGACACCUCCUGUUAAAAACUCAACAAAACGGCUGAAGAAAAAGAGUGGUCUAGCAAAAUUGGUAGAGAAAAGAAAAAUAGCAUUAUUAUCAGAUGCUGAAAGUGAGUUUGGCUCAGGUGCAUCGAUACAGCGACCCAAUAGUCAUGCUACAACAAAACAGUUAGAAAAGGUGGAAACAGUAUCAAAAUCUGAGACAAAUGGUGAAAAUGUGGAGUUUAUUCUGUGCUCAACAAAAGAUCCUAGUACUAUCAUUGUUCACAGAGAUAAGCCAAGGCCCAAACCUAGAAAACGAGCUAAGAGCAGUGAACAAUGCAAAUCAGAUGUGGAUAUGGAUGUGGAUGAAGGCUUUGAUCAUGAUAAGAAAGUAACUGAGGACAAUUUGAAAGGUUCCCAAACUGACUCGACUCUACAUAGAUUAAGAAAUCUGAGGAUGGCCACAGAAAGGUCUGAAUCUGUUGAAUCUCUGAAAAGUAGUCCUUUUAUACCAAAACCUCCUUUAACACCUCGAUCCUCCAGAGGCUCAUCAAAGGGAGAGAAAAGAAUCCGUGAUCCGUCAUCAUCUGGAGAGGAGGCAGAUUCACAUCUUAAAAAGAGCUUAUUCUCUACCAGUCCCAAGAAAGAGACAAACCUUGUGCAUAAUUCGGGUUUUAUUUUGUCAUCUACAUCAGAGAAAUCUCAAGAAAACAGCAAAAAGUUCUUCACUUCGCAGAAAGAGUCAACAAAAAAGAGUUGUACCGCUGAAAAUACUUUAGAUAGCUUUGGAACAAAUAACUCGGCAUUUACUGGAACUCUUGGAUCAAUAUCUGAUCUCCGGGUCAUUGCUGGGGAAUAUAAAAGUAUUCUGGAAAGUGACUUGUCUCAAAGCAGUAUUUUAAAGGAAGAUGAUGCCUCACACAAACCUGUGAAAUUUUUGCCUCCAGUAACACCUAACACCAGACCACCGCCUCUACCAAAUAGCUUUUCUUCCAAAGUUUUAAGAACAGCUUACAAAAGUGACCCCAUGUAUAGUGCUAAAACUGUUCCUAAUGCUUCGGAAUGUGGCACUCACAGUACCAUCGACAACUUGUCACAGAGAUCUUUUGCUUCCACUAGUGUUCUUCAAGUUAUUACUAUUAAGGAAGCAAGGAUGAGGAGUUAUCUUAAUGGUAACAUGAGCUCAGCAUCAUUGCUUGGAUCAGAUGAACUUGAUCGAUACUUUCCUGACAGACGACUUCAUGUAUUUGUUGGGUCAUGGAACAUGAAUGAAAUUAAGAAUGCUCCUCCUCCAGAGAGCUUGAAUGAUUUCCUGCUACCAGAAUCAAAUGACUAUGUGCAGGACAUCUACUGCAUUGCCACACAGGAGAAUGGAAUGUCAAAAAGUGAAUGGGAGAUUAGGCUACAAGAGACACUUGGACCAUCCCAUGUCAUGUUUAAUUCCGUCACCCACGGAGCCUUGCAUCUUGCCAUUUUUAUACGCAGAGAUCUCAUAUGGUAUUGUUCAGCCCCGGAAGAGGACAGUGUCUCAACACGAGCAUUGACAAUGGUUAGGACUAAAGGUGCUGUUGCCAUGUGUUUCAAAUUUUUUGGGACAUCAUUUCUCUUCAUCAACUGUCAUUUUACUUCUGACAUUGACCGUAAGAAGGAACGUUUGAAUGACUACAAUAAAGUUAUUGAUGGAAUUAAUCUCCCUAAGGCUUCAGGAUCUUCCCCAGGAACUAGUCAGAGUGAUGUCACAUCAAAGUUUGACUGUGUGUACUGGUGUGGAGAUUUGAAUUUCCGAUUAGAGCGAAAGAAAGUGGCUGUUGAAGGUAUGGUCUCGCACAUAGAGACACAAGAAUUUCCAAACUUUGAGACUCUUCUUGGGGGAGACCAACUUAGCAAAAUGAUUGUUGAAGAUAAAAUAUUCCAGGGCUUCCAGGAAGGCAGAAUAAAUUUCCGUCCAACCUACAAGUUUGAUGUAAACACGGACACCUACGACACAUCACACAAAAACAGAAUUCCUUCCUAUACUGAUCGUAUUUUGUUCCGCUGCAAGAAAAAGAAUACAAUCUCAUGUGUCCAUUAUGAUGCUGUGACCAGUGUUAAGGUGUCCGACCACAAACCAGUGUUUGCCGUGUUUCAGACAGUAAUCAAGCCUGGCAAGGACACUUUCAGUUUGGCACCUGGUCAUUUUGACAGAGCAGUGUACACAGAAGCAAACAAGAGACGUGCACGUAACAUGAUGGAGAACAGGCAACUCAACACCAAACACAGUGCUUUGUGUUCCAUACAAUGACAAUAAAAACGACAGUUGAAACUAUCGCAGUUUUAGACGAAUCCUGCAUCAGAUAACCGUGAAACAGUGUCAAUUAUGGGCAUUUGUUUUUGUAAUGUCUGUCAAAAAAUUGAAAGAAAUAUUUAAUGACACCCAAACACUUGAAAAACAAAACAGUAUUUUCACAAACAUAUAAAGCAUAAUCAUUUUUUUUGCUACAUUUUUAUUUUUUAAAGUGUAGACUUGUAUUAUACCCCACCUCUCCACAUUUGGUUUGUACUCGUAAAAAUGUUGAUAAUUGUGAACUUGGUUAAAAAUUGCAUAUUAGUGCUUAAAUCUACAAAACCAGUAAAUGACAGAUAGCGACAGACUUAUCCUGCAGCCAUCAGUUGUGUUGGUAGAUAAUGAUUGAUCAAAGUAAAGUGAUGAACUGCUACAAGUAAAUCAUUCAGAGUCCAUGGCGAAUUCUACUUGUCAGGCCCUAUUGCUUUCAUCAUUCUUACUUUCACAGUAUAACUGCAACAUCCUACAUGUUAAAGGAACGCUAAAUUAUGGCUUUUUGACUGCUACAUAGUUUCAUCUAAUACAAUUUUUUUACAUCAAUAAAAAAAAUGGCAUAUUUAAUUAAAUGACACUUUCGCUAUUUAGUAGACGCAACCAUUGUUUUAACGUUUAACAAUGAGUGCCACCAUGUGAGCAGGCAUCGUAUUAGUUCUGUGAUGUUUACAUCACCUUGUCUGUCAGUCCAGACUAUGGUCAGUAUAGUUUGGUCCCAGUGUUUUUCUGACAACAAACACUUCGAUUUCAGACAGCAUAAAUGGACAGUGGCAACAUAAAUACCUACUUGUAUUGUUCGGUUGUCAAUGCACUACCGUUAUCUGGAAUACACACCUAGGGGUUUUUUCCCCAGACAAACAGGGAUUUAUCAUCUCAUUGUUACUCGCUAGUUUUUUUGGUUGGGUUUUGCUUUCUAGCAGCUGUAAACACAGGUUCAAAGUCGAUCAACUGCAGUAUAUUGCCCAUAUAUGUUUUUGUUUCUUCCUAACAAAUUCAAUACAAUAGCUGUUGAUUGAGAAAUUGCUCAGAAUCUGUUUGUUUUUGUUAGGGGCUUUGUUGUGUUUUGUAUAAUGCAGGUCAAGUAAUCAUAUUCCAGCAGUCAUGUAGCAUUCACUUAUGGGGGAGACAUUUUCUUUAAUUUUGGUUGACUUUGUUUUUUUUGUUUUUUUUAAAAAUACAUUUAUUGAUGUAAGAACUUUGGAUAGGCAUCUCCAUAAAAUAGUAAUAAAUUCUGGUCAAGCACUUUUUUAUUUUUAAAUACAUAUAUUGAUGUAUGAACUUUUGAUAGGCAUUUUUCCAACAAAGAAUGCUUAUUUUUCAUAAUACUCCUCCUUUAACCUAUUCUUCUCUGUAUACAGGCUGUUGCAGUGGCAUCCCCAUAGUGCUCCGUUGGCAUGCUUAUAAUACCUCUUUAAGCGUCCAUUUUUUUUUUUUACCUUUUUGUUGACCUAGAGUAGUGCUCAGAAUGGGAUUUAAUCCAGUAUUUGUAUUUACUCUUAACAUGUACUCCUUUGGUUCUACUCACAGUAUUGCAGCUUUUAUUGUAUAUGUACCUUUUGUUUUACAUUUGGAACUACUAGACUAUCAUGUCCUUUUAUUAUAUUCAGUAAGAGUGUUAGCUGAAAGAUUCAAGGUCAAAAUGUACUCUUCUGUUUUUGUUUCUUUUAUUUAUAUCUUAUUUAUUUGCGAGUACCCGGUAUUAUGUUUAGCUAUAGUCUGUGAUACAUUCAAGAACGAUAAACCUUCCAUAAUUGUUUCCACUGUACAUUAAUAAAUUGCGCUUGUUUUAAAUUGGCAGCUUGACUUUGGGUUCAUUAUGAGCCUGUGACGUAUAUAAAAAAAAAAAAAAAUGGUACGGUUCCGACAACGAUAAACAAUGGUUUUAAUAGAUUUUUUCAAAGGUCAGGUCAGGUCAGGUCAUAGAGCUUUACGUGCACAUUCAGAGCAAGCUGUUGUAGCACACGCCUGUCUUGUGCACAAGAGCCGGCCUCCUUAUUGAAUCAUCAGAGUGUAUGACAAUUCACAACACUGUAAAUGAUCCCGAACGUAAGCAUUUACUCAUUUCAGGUAAAAGUUUAAACUUCUGACUAUGAAGUGCUGGUUGAAUUUGUAGGUUAACACUCAUAUAUACAUUUCACAUGAUUAAAUAUGAAACAUUACUAUUUAAAGCAACGAACUAAGUUUUAGACAGAAAUACCAUACAACAUUGUUAGAGAACCAAAUACCUUUACGUCAACAAUUUAUAGUUCCAAAAUAUUGCCACACAGAAAUGAUUGUUUUAGUAAAGGUUGAUCUAAUUUCGAGCAGUCCGUGGCAUAUUACAUUACAUAUUUUCACUAGUUAUGUACAGUAUCCACUUAUUUAAUUUGUUCUAUUUAUUUGUUACAUUGUAAUCAUGUUAAAAUAAAGUAAAAUAAAUGUUAAGAAGUAUG